AUGAGGAUGCACCAGGGAGAUGAGUCAAAGGCAAUGCAAAACGAGGUGGCCGGUGUGGAUCCCCUUUUUUGUAGGCUGCAUCCCUGCUGGUGGGGUGGUUCGACGCUCCAGUUUGAAAACCGCAUGGGAGUGGUGCACCUUGGCUCCUCUCAAUCGCUCAUUGGAUGUGGUGAGGAUGCAAGUAUUCACGAUGCAAAUACGAGAUGGAAUCGCCCGUCUGCUUGGAGUCUUGAAUGGGGUGAAGGGACGGUCGUACACCCAUCAACAGG